AUGGACAUUGGUCUGGCCAAGCAUGGCACGUUUGGAUUGUUGGUGCUUUUUCUGGCUGGUCGUUUGCCUGAUGGGGUGCAGUUUGUUUAUGCGGCGUCAGGAGACUUGACCAAAAAAUGCGAUGGUGACAAGACGAUGAUGCUGUCAAUUGCCGGCUCUCCGACCGUUUUUCUUCAAAAGACGAGUGUUGGACUGGUAAAGGUGACCAACAAUCUCCCAGGAGUUGUCAUCCGUGAAAAGUCUGGCCGCACCACACUAACUGUGCCCUUUUCUUCAACGUACGGUUAUGCGUCUGAGAAGAGCUCCCAAUACGUCGUGACCAUUGCCGUUGGAUCUCGCUCAAAUCUGAAGACCUUCACAUGCCCUAAGCCAGGUCGUCGAGUUCUUAAGCUUCCGGCUGAUAGAUGUGCAGUUGUGGACAGCAAGAAGCUCCCUUGUGGAGGGUCUUCAUCCAUCACUCAAGCAGACUGUGAAGCCAGCAACUGUUGCUAUGAUUCAAGCAGCAGCACCAGUCCAUGCUACUAUGCCAAUGAUGUGACUGUGCAGUGCACCCUGGAUGGCCAGUUUGUGGUGGUGGUGUCUGAGAAUGUGACCCUUCCUUCCCUGGAUCUUGGGUCCAUCCAGUUGGUGGACAGCAGUUCCCCCAGCUGCAGCCCUGUGACCAGCCUGUCCAGCUUUGUCAUGUACCAGUUUCCAGUCAGUGCCUGUGGCAGCACAGUUCAGGUGAGACUCCAUCUUGGUGAUGUGCAGCAACAAGCACUCUGUCAACCAUAGGAAGCCAG